AAACUUUGUGCACGCGCACGACGGAGCGCGCCCUCGUCAGUGAUGGAUCCAUGAAGUUGUUACUACAAAAAUGGCUGAUUUCCUGCCCUCCCGGACGGCGAUAGUUUGUAUCCCCAGUUGUCUUUUGUCCAACAACGAAAUCGAGCAGCAGAGGAAAUCUAAAGAGAUAGACCGAUGUAUUAAUCGGGAGAAGACCUACGUGAAGCGGCUGGUGAAGAUAUUACUGCUCGGAGCAGGCGAGAGCGGCAAGUCAACUUUCCUGAAGCAAAUGCGCAUAAUUCACGGGCAGGACUUCGAUCAGGGGGCCAAAGAGGAGUUCCGGGCUACCAUCUACAGCAAUGUUAUCAAAGGAAUCCGAGUGCUGGUGGAUGCCAGAGAGAAGCUGCACAUCCCAUGGGGAGACUCCUCCAACCAGACACACGGGGAAGUCCUGAUGGGCUUUGACACACGCUCGGCCAUGAUGUCUCAGGGAAUUGUAGAGACCAAAGUCUUCCUGCAUUAUCUACCCUCCAUCCACACCCUGUGGGCUGACAGCGGCAUCCAGAGUGCCUACGACCGAAGAAGAGAAUUCCAGUUGGGUGAAUCAGUGAAAUAUUUCCUGGACAGUUUGGAUAGAAUUGGACAGCCGGAUUACCUACCAACACAACAGGACAUACUUCUGGCACGAAAGCCUACUAAGGGCAUCCAUGAGUAUGACUUUGAGAUCAAGAACGUUCCAUUCAAGAUGGUGGAUGUGGGCGGGCAGCGGUCAGAGCGUCGACGAUGGUUCGAGUGCUUCGACUGUGUCACUUCUGUGCUCUUCCUGGCGUCAUGUAGCGAGUUUGACCAGGUUCUUAUGGAGGACCGUGAGACCAACAGGCUCAUGGAGUCGCUCAACAUAUUCGACACCAUCGUCAACAACCGUGUGUUUUCUAAAGCAUCCAUCAUUCUUUUCCUCAAUAAGACAGACCUGCUGGAGGAGAAAGUAAAGACUGUGUCUAUCAUUGACUAUUUCCCCGAUUUCACCGGCGAGCCCCAUAAUUUGGCUGAUGUACAGAAGUUCCUGGUGGAAUGCUUCCGUGGUAAGCGGCGUGAGCAGCAGGUGAAACCCUUCUACCAUCACUUUACCACGGCCAUUAACACCGAGAAUAUCCGCCUCGUCUUCCGAGAUGUCAAAGACACAAUCCUGCAUGAAAAUUUGAAGCAGCUUAUGUUACAAUGAGAGACAUGCCAUAAUGCUUAAGUUCAUUCCACUUUUAAUGAGGUUUUAAUUCUAGUGCAAGUGAUUUCAGUAAAGACCCUGAACAAAACACCUGUAUGCAGAUUGUUCCCCUCACAGAUAAGACUAAUGUUUUCCUUUUGGGUUUUUUUUUUUUUUGUUUUUUGUUUUUUUUUUAAUCCCAGUUUCAAUUUCCCUUUCAAUCCAUUUAGCUGAGUCACUUGGCUGUUUUACUGCUGUCAUUGCCACUCCACUUUAAAAGUUUUAUAGAAAACAUCCAGCAGAGGAUGGGAUUUGAACUCAUGAUAUUCUGAUCAGAAGUCCAGUAUCUUAGCCACUGAGUUACCACUACUACUGUUGGACCCAUUUAUACGAAAUAUUUAAUUUCCCUAACCUUUGCUUACUUAAAAAAUUAAUUUAAAAGAAUUUGUCUUUUGUGUAUUUCAGGUCUGGAGAUGCCUUAAAGCAAAGUGGUAAAUGUUAUUAGUCACACUCCAAGAUGCAUGAUAACUGCUGAGACUCAGGGGCUGUAAAUAUGCAUUCCAGACACGUUAUUAGUGAGUAGCCUUCCCUGAUUGGGAUUAGACCCCUUUUCACCAUUUCAGGAUUCAGCAAGUCCUGUUAUAUCCCACUUAAAAAAAAAAGAAAAAAAAGAAAGAAAAAAAAAAAAAAACAACAAAACACCGUAUCAGUGCACUCGGAUUAUGCAGAAAAUGUAGUGACCCUUUUCUUAAGGUACCUGUGUAUGUAGUACUAUUGUCUUUGUUCCUUAUUAAAAGGUAAAGACUCUUAAAUAAUGUUUUCUUUGUUAUACAGAAUUGAUAUUGUAUAGAUCCCUUGUGGGUUUUUUAUUUUUAUUUUUUUUAAAUUAAACCAUUGUCUGGUGAUCUUUCACUUUCGCCUUACCAUUUAAAGUGAAGUGUAGCCAGCGUUGUGUAUGAAAACCUUCAUACGGUGGUUUAUUAUAAUUAAUGUUCCAACAAAAAAGAUAACUGUGUACAUAUGAAUUCAAUGCAGAAGUUAAAUUGCCCUUAUGCCCUAGCUAAUGAUUAGGCUCAUGUGAGCAAUUUUCAGGGUUUGUGGUGUGUGGGGAUUUAUAUUUUCCUUUUCUUUUUUUCAUGAGGUAUAUUUUGCUUCCAACAUGGACUAAAACAUUCAGUUUUCUCCUCAAACUGAAAUACUCAAGACAAUUUUGUGCACUAUGUAAUUAAUAUCUCAGGUGUAUUUCACAGUUUGUCUUGGUUCACUGACUGAUUCAGGCAGUGACAAAGAUGGUCUCAUAAGAAUGAGCUUUACAUCUUAUGUUUGAUUCUGCCAAGUGACUUCAUAAGAGAAUUCUGGCCAUUUGUAGUGUGUAACCAGUUGUAUGCAUAUUUAAAUUAUGUUCUUUGUUCUAAGCCUAGUUUUAUUCACCAUCCUGUAAUCGGACUUGUGAUCUGAUAUUUCAUGAAAACUGGGAUCGGUGUUCAAGCUCACCAACAGAAUUUGCUUUAGUUCAGAUAUGAUCCUUGUACAGUAUCAAUUUAAUAGUUUUCAGUCUUUUUUGUAUAACUUUCUUUGGACCAUUAAAUCAAACUAUUUUACAAAGAUA